GCGCGGCCGCCGCCGCCAUGAAGGGCAAGGAGCGCUCGCCCGCCAAGGCCAAGCGCUCCCGGGGUGGCGAGGACUCGGCGUCCUCCUCCUCCUCCUCCCGCGGCUCCAAGAAGCCCAGCGGCUCCUCCGGCAGCGGCGGCGGCGGCGGCUCCAACGGCGGGAAAGCGGCGGCGUCCGGGGAGAGCAACAGCGGGAGCGGCCGGCGCGGCGCGCACACCGACAAGGGCCGCGCCGGUAGCCGCGAGUACGAGAGCGGCGCGGCCGCCAGCGGAGGGGGCCGGCACGGCUACAGCGGCAAAGCCGCGGAGGCGUCGCGGAGCAGCAGCAGCCGCGGAGAGUCGCGGGCGGCCGCCGCCUCCUCGUCCUCCUCCUCCUCCUCGGAGCCCGGCGAGUACAAGACGCUGAAGAUCAGCGAGCUGGGCUCGGCGCUGAGCGACGAGGCGGUGGAGGACGGGCUGUUCCACGAGUUCAAGCGGUUCGGCGACGUGAGCGUGAAGAUCAGCCGCCUGCCGCCCGGGCCCGGCUCCGGCUCCGACGAGCGCGUGGCCUUCGUGAACUUCCGCCGGCCCGAGGACGCGCGGGCGGCCAAACACGCGCGGGGCCGCCUGGUGCUCUACGACCGCCCGCUGAAGAUCGAGGCCGUCUAUGUGGGCGGCAGCGGCCGCCGGCGCAGCAGCCGCUCCCCGGCGCUGCUGGACAAGGAGUCCCCGUACGGGGCGGCGGCGGCGGUGGGGGCGGUGGCGGCGGCCGUGCGGCACCCGCCGGCCGGGGCCGCGCAGCGGGCGCUGUCCCCCGCGGGCAGCGGCGGAGCGCUGGGCUACCGGGACUACCGGCUGCAGCAGCUCGCCCUGGGCCGGCUGCCGCCGCCGCCGCCGCCGCCGCUGCCGCGGGAGCUGGAGAGGGAGCGGGACUACGGCGGGUUCUACGAGGCGCGGGUGCGGCCCGCCUACGGGCUGGAGAGGGUGGCCGGCGUGGCGGCGGCCGGAGGGUUCCGCGGAGGAGGAGGAGCGGGAGGAGGAGGCGGCGCCGGAGCGGCCGGCGAGGAGGAGAUCAGCCCCGAGGACGACCAGAGAGCCAACCGUACCUUGUUCCUGGGCAACCUGGACAUCACCGUCAGCGAGUCGGACCUGAGGCGGGCAUUCGACCGUUUUGGGGUCAUCACCGAGGUGGACAUCAAGAGGCCGGGCCGCGGGCAGACCAGCACCUACGGGUUCUUGAAGUUUGAGAACCUGGACAUGGCGCACCGGGCCAAGCUGGCCAUGUCGGGGAAGGUGCUGCUGCGCAAUCCCAUCAAGAUCGGGUACGGCAAAGCCACCCCUACCACCCGGCUCUGGGUGGGCGGCCUGGGGCCCUGGGUGCCCUUGGCCGCCCUGGCCCGGGAGUUUGACCGCUUUGGUACCAUCCGCACCAUCGACUACCGCAAAGGGGAUUCCUGGGCCUACAUCCAGUACGAGAGCCUGGACGCGGCGCAGGCGGCCUGCACACACAUGAGGGGCUUCCCCCUGGGGGGCCCGGACCGCCGGCUCCGCGUGGACUUCGCCGACACCGAGCACCGGUACCAGCAGCCCUACCUGCAGCCCCUGCCCCUGCCGCCCCCGGCUCACUACGAGCUGGUGGCAGAGGCGGCUGCUUUCGGGGCUCACCGGGGAGCCCCCCCCGACCCUCUGCGGGGGGCCCGGGACAGGACGCCACCGUUGCUUUACAGAGACCGCGACAGAGACCUUUACCCGGAGACGGAGUGGGUGCCCCCGCCGCCCCCCGUGCGGGACAGGAGUAACCGGGCGGCUGCCUACGACCCGCUGGAAAGCCUGGAGCGCCGCCGGGACGGGUGGUCCUUGGAGCGGGACCGCGGGGAGAGGGAGCUGGGCAGUAGCAGUCGGGACCAGCCCAGGAAGCGGAGGCUGGCGGAGGACGGGGGGCGGCACUUGGACCGCUCCCCCGACAGCGAGCGCUCCUCGUCCUCCCGCAAGCGCCACUGCCUGGCUACCAGCUCCCCGCCGGACCGCAGCCCCGAGCUCCUGGGGGGCCGGGAGCGCUACAGCAGCGACCCCGAGCGCUCGUCCCGCCUGCUCCUCUUGGAGCGGCCGUCCCCGGUGCGGGAAUCGCGCCGGGGCAGCCUGGAGCGGGGGCAGAACGAGAAGCGCGACCGCAAGAACUCGGCGGAGCGCGAGCGGAAGCACCGCGGCGGUGCCGCCGCCGCCGCCCAGGAGGGCAAGAGCCCGGCCAAAAAGGAUGAGCGGGCGGCCGAGGGAGGCGGGGGGGGCUCCCGCCUCAAACCCCCUCCCCAAAAACAGCAGCAGGACGGGGCGGCGCAGGCCGGGGCGGCGCCCAAGCUGUGCUUGGCCUGGCAGGGGAUGCUCCUGCUGAAGAACAGCAACUUCCCGUCCAACAUGCACCUGCUCCAGGGGGACCUCGGCGUCGCCAGCAGCCUCCUCGUGGAGGGGGCCACGGGGGGGAAGGUGGCCCAGCUCAAGAUCACCCAGCGGCUCCGGCUGGACCAGCCCAAGUUGGACGAGGUGAACCGGCGCAUCAAGGUGGCGGGGCCCAACGGCUACGCCAUCCUCCUGGCCGUGCCCGGCGCGGCGGAAAACCGCGCGGCCGCCGGAGCCGCCGAGCCCGCCACCACCUCCACGCAGAGGCCGCUCAGGAAUCUGGUGUCCUACCUAAAGCAAAAGCAGGCUGCAGGGGUGAUCAGCCUCCCCGUGGGGGGGAACAAAGACAAGGAGAACAGCGGGGUGCUGCACGCCUUCCCGCCCUGCGACUUCUCCCAGCAGUUCCUGGACUCCACAGCCAAGGCGUUGGCCAAAUCCGAGGAUGACUAUCUGGUCAUGAUCAUUGUCCGGGGGGCGUCCUAAGGGGCCCUCGUGUUCUGUUCCCAACCCUGCCUACUCCUCCACCCAGCCCCUCCAGCGUGUGCCAGGUGCUAUGGGAUACAGCCUUAGCCAGCCCUGUUGUUAUUUUAAUUAGACCUUUGUUUGUAGGUGACUUUUCCCCCUCCCCGGCCCGAUUUUUCUGUUACUACGUUUUUCUAUAAAGGUAGAAGCCAGAGAGGUUGGUUUAGGUGUAGUGUGAAUAGGAUAUUUUGAGAAUUUCCCUAUCAGUGGGGACAGCAGGGAGGCUCGGCCUGCUUUGAUUUACAAAAAA